GCGUCUUGACACAUGACAUGUCCACUCUUGAGACAUGACAUGUCCACUAUCUUCACACACAGGCUUAUUGGCCGCAGUACUCCUCAUAGUUCUUAUCAUGACCAGCUUAGGUCGAUCUCGGCCAUCACCACGUGGAUGUCCUUCAUGGAAAGAAAGUCCAUGGUGUCCAUGCUACCAAUUCGAAGAUGGAUUAUUUCUGGAGUGUCCCAACACAAGCCUCUCCGAGAUCCAGAAAACACUCUUAUUAAUCACAUCUCCGAUAAAAUCCUUGAGCAUUUAUCACUUGGAUCCGAACAUUACAACUUUACCUACAGGACUGUUUGGAAACACAACAAUCUUCCAUCUUCAAAUCUCCUUUUCUGAGAUCAGUUCCAUUGCUGAAGACGCGUUCAUCGAAGUUCAGGACACACUCCAGAGUUUGUCGAUUAUUAACAGCCAUAUUUCAGAGAUUCCUCAAGAAGCUUUAAACAAGUUGCGAGUUUUGCGGAGUUUGGACCUUGACUCGAACGUCAUCUCGGAUAUCGAAAGCUACACCUUUUACAACCUACAGCUGACGACCCUUAACCUCCAAGGAAACCGAAUAUCGUCCUUGACAGAGUAUGCAUUUGGUGGAUUAGAAAAUACGUUAGAGAACCUUAUCCUCAUGAACAACAAACUCGAGGAGUUUCCUCUCAGCGCCUUACGGAGACUCCGAAAAGUUCACACUUUAAAACUAGUGUGGAACAAAAUUGAAGAUAUUCCAUACGAUGGGUUCACUAGACUCUCGGGAUUGGAAAGACUUGACUUGAGUUCCAAUCGAAUCCGGCAUUUGCAUGACCGCAGUUUCAUUACCAUGCCGAGCUUGAUCGCACUCUCACUGUAUAUGAAUCAGUUAUCUUCUUUAGACGACACGGUUUUCAUUCAUCUUCAACAUCUAGAAACUCUGGAUCUCAGCCACAAUGUCAUCACUGCUCUUAAAGGGAAACUUUUCAAACAUUUACAGAAACUGAAAACAAUUGAUUUAAGUUUCAAUCAUUUACACUCUGUUGAGCAAGGAGUUUUUCAGAAUCUGACGAAUCUACGAGAAGUAAUACUCUCCAAUAAUAAUGUACUGCUGAUUACUAAUGGAACGUUCCUCAACUCCACCCUAAUAUCUGUGCUGUUUGCACCCAAUAAUGCAAUCACGUUAAUUGAAAGCGGUGCCUUGUACGGGCUCGUUCAUCUUUAUCAGCUUCAACUAUCUUUUAAUCUGCUCAAGGAAAUCCAUCCGACACUGUUUAAGAACAAUCACAAGCUUCGGUCUCUCUCUUUGGAUCAUAACCUAAUUAUCGACUUACAGGCUGGAACGUUCCAAGAACUUGUAGAGCUUCGUGAUUUGAGACUUCAGAAUAACUUCUUGAAAAGGAUUGAAAAGGGCGUUUUUUAUUCCCUUCCCAAUUUGCAGGAGUUACAUUUGCAGUUCAACAGGAUAGAAUUAAUCGAAGAUGAGGCCCUACAGAGCUUAGCAAAUCUUCAACACUUAAACAUUCAGGGAAAUCAGUUAAUUGAAGUAGGCGAUAUAUUAAGUAGAUAUCCAUCAAGUAUGCAUUCCCUUCUAAUUAGCCAUAAUAAAAUUACUACGCUUCACCACAACAGUUUACGAGGACUUAAUAAACUGGGGCUUCUAUGGUUGAGACAUAAUAAGAUCAGGAUGCUAGAAAAAGCAGUUUUCCAAGACUUGGUAGAAGUUCAGAAAUUGUAUUUAGAUAAUAACGAAAUUUCCACGAUUGAAAAAAUGACAUUUGAACGGCUAAAAAGAUUAACAUACAUCAGUCUAGAGCACAACAACUUGAAUCACUUGACUCCGGAAAUGUUCGAGGGGGCAGAGAAUUUGGAGGAGUUGUAUUUAUCAUUCAACCGCAUCAUGGACAUUGAACCUCAAACUUUCCAAAACUUAAAGAAUCUUCGAAUAUUACAUCUUUCCCACAACCAAAUCUACGCUAUUCGAAAGUUUAUGUUUGAGGGCCAGAUACCGUUAGAAGAACUUGCUUUGUCGAACGUGAUGGCUGAAGAGGUUGAGAGUGGCUCCUUCUUGGAGCUCUCGGUACUCCAAAGAUUGGACAUCCGUAACAACAAACUAGAUGGUGCAAGGGUUAACUUCUUGUUUCUUCCUUCUCUCAAACUCUUGGAAAUAUCGGGAAACAACCUGAGUGGAAUAAGCAAUAAUGUAUUUUACGGAUUAUCGGGACUAGUAGAACUUGGAAUAGAGAAUACUAACCUUAGUCCUGUAACUGGAAGCCUUUUUGAACCACUAACCCACUUAGAGAUUAUACGAAUGGGUGGCAAUUGUCUUUCUGACCUUCAAACUGACCAGACAUAUAGCUUAAGCUUUGUUCGUGAGCUCUACCUUAACAACAAUGAUAUUCAACGUGUCCCUUCUACAGCAAUUGCGUCACUACCAAAUCUUGAAGUGUUGUCUCUCGCUAACAACAAUAUCGAGAAACUUGACACAGCAGCUUUUACGUCCAAUAGAAACAUCCAAACUCUCAACUUGACAAACAACUCGAUAUCAACGAUUGUAACCAAAGCGUUCUUGAAUCUAACUAAACUUAUAAGGCUAGAUUUAUCAGACAAUUCUCUGAAAUUAAUUCUUCCUGAUGUUUUUACCGAACUGAAAUCUCUGAGAUGGCUUGAUUUAGAUGGAAACCUUCUGUACUACAUUCCAAACGUGCUCCUUCGUUCUUCUCUACUCACCUUAGAAUGUCUCUCCGUAAACAGAAACCCGUUGGUACGGAUUCGUGAGGACCUUAGUGCAGAUGGUGGAUUUCCUGAUCUUCAAGAGUUCAGUCUCAAUCACGGAAACAUAUCCGUAAUUGCGUCUCACGACUUCCGUGGUGUAGAAACCCUUCUCUCGCUUUCUCUUACUCACAAUAAAAUCACCAAAGUUUCUCCGGGGGCUUUUAAACCGUUAGGUAGACUGCAGGUGCUGGAUAUGGGAAACAACGAAUUAGAGAUUUUACCAGAAGAAAGAUUCUACGGCUUGGACCAGCUGAAAACAAUUAACUUAACCAGAAAUCAUCUUGUAGACCUUCCACCAUUUUCUUCAAACCUAGGCCGCUUAGAAACCGUAGAUUUAUCUUUUAAUAGACUGACUCGACUCCGGUCCAAAACUUUCCAACACCUCUAUAACUUAAAGUUCUUGUCUCUGCAAAGUAACUCCAUCAGUAUAGUAGCUAAAGAUGCUUUCUACAAUCUGACAUCUCUCCAAAACUUAAAUAUCUUUGGUAAUGCAUUUACGAUCAUUUCUAGCGAAGUAUUAGUUCCAGUUGAAGUACGGUUAACAAAUAUACAACUAGGUGGGAACCCACUCGCCUGCAGAUGUGGCUUGCUAAGCCUAUGGGAGUGGCUACAUGAUCACCGCCACAUUGUGGCACCCACAAAAGAGAAGCUUAAGUUAGCGUGUUCGAGUCCUGAAAAGCUCCAGGGUCAAGCACUCUUAAAUCUCCAUCCUGUUGAUAUUUGCCCUGCUCCACUUAUCUCCCUUCUCGAGGUCCGGCGUUUGAAUCACGACAGCAUGACGGUACGUUGGGAUGUACAAAACGGGACUCUGAUUGGCGGAUUUUUGCUGACGUACCAUUUAACGGCCGACAGAUUAGCCCAGGCGAGUGUUAACCUUGUCUCCACCAAACGAUCUUACGACGUUAAGAACCUGGAUCCCUUAACCUGGUAUACAAUUUGUGUGACAGCUACAGGAAAAUACCUCAAAGUUCUCCACACGCCGACCCCGUACGCAACAGACUUGGAUAACGAUUACUUGGAAACAAACAGUAACAACAGAAAGUGUUUGCAGAUUCGAACGGUGGCCAAAACUGAUAAGACAAAGAUUUCCCUCUCUACGCUGGGCAUCAUCCUAGGAAGCAGUAUCAGUGGCAUCCUAGUUCUAACCCUCUCCAUUCUUUUAACGGCAAUUAAGUUUCGAAAACGUCGGCGGCCGGUAAAAAACGACAACAUUCCUCAAGAGUACAUCUCUUAUCGACACUUCUCAAUCCAAGAACCAGAAGGCGUUUACUCGUGACGUUCUUUCAUAUUCUAUAGGAGUGAGUGUACAAUAGAAACGCGCGUUUCAACAAGCGAAACUCUGUAAAGAAUAACGCUGUGAUUCCACCGAGAACGUGGAGUGACUUAUAUACAAUUAGUCUUCUUCAGUAAGUGUCAUAUAAGUGCUUGUCUAAGUAGAAAAUGUUGGACGACAAAGUUAAACACUUCCCUACCGUUUCAAAGCAUCGUUCUCUAUAAACCGUUACUGUACCUCAAAACUUAUUUGAACCGUCGAAAAUACAAAAGUAGACUUCUGUAGGGAUCUAAUCUCUAUAAAAAGGAAACGAGCCCCGGUUAUUUGGUAAAUGUUGUAUGUUUAUGUUCACCUACUUGCUUUCAAUGUUCACCUGAGCGUACAAUUAUGUUGCAACCCAAAUUUGGGUUUACUCGGAUAUAGAUAUUAACGAAAAGCUCAAUUUCCAGUGAAGUGUUUCGAUGUGGCUGUAAGAUGUAUUGAUGUAUUUGGCUUCAGAAACUGCCACCGCCCUUUACUCAGUCGUAGUCUAUCCAGGUAAGGCUGUGAUGUGUUUGAAUUCAUUAACAUUAUUGGUGAUUUUCAGUUUUUAAACCUUAUCUAGUCCAAUCAGGUAAGACUUGCACAUUGUGCAUAUUAUUUCAAUUUUUAAAAUCUCACGUGUGUGAUAAGUAAAUAUUAUCGUAUAUUCAAAUACAUUCCUCUAAAUGUUAGCACAGGUUUUCUGUGAUUAGUUAAACAUUCUACUGAACAGGAUGUACCAAGCAGUGAAAGAUGCUACACUCGGAGGUAAAAUUUGAAUGUGCAGGUCCAAAAAGUGUUAUUACUUGUCCAUAACGGCCUUUAUCUUCAGUUUGAGUUGAUAUUGUCUUGCUGUUAAUCUACAGUAGUCUUGUUUGCCAAUU